AAGGGUAAAGUCUGUUGCGUGUGGACCUUGGCACACAGCUGCAAUAGUUGAAAUCAUGGCUGAUCGUUUCAAGUCCAACGAUCAUGGUGAGAAAUUGUUUACUUGGGGAGAUGCAGAUAAAGGAAGGCUUGGACAUGCUGAUCAAGAAACAAAGCUUUCACCAACAUGUGUUGCACAACUUGUAGAGCAUGUUUUUGUCCAGGUAUCCUGUGGAAGAAUGCUCACUGUUGGACUAACAAACAAGGGAAUUGUUUACACAAUGGGGAGUGUGGUGCAUGGGCAAUUAGGGAAUCCACAGACCAGAGAUAAAACAAUCACAGUUGUACAGGGGAAACUUAAACAUGAGUUUGUUAGGGAGAUAUCAUCAGGUUCUUAUCACAUUGCUGCCUUAACAGCAAAGGGAAAUGUUUAUACCUGGGGAAAAGGUGCGAACGGGCAGUUAGGGCUAGGGGAUACUGUAGAUAAAAAUUCUCCCACUUUAGUAGAGGCCUUGACUGGUAGGCAGGUAGAAAAUGUAACUUGUGGAUCAAGUUCAACUGCCGUAAUUUGUUUACACAAAUCUAUUUCUGGUACUGACCAGUUGGCUUGCACAGGUUGUAGCAUGGCUUUUGGGUUUACAAGGAAGAAGCAUAACUGUUAUAACUGUGGUCUUUUGUUCUGCCGUGCAUGUACCAGCAAGAAGGUUAGAAAUGCAUCUCUGGCUCCUAAAGGGAGCAAACCUGUUCGAGUCUGUAAUCCGUGCUUCAAUCAGCUGCAGAGAAUUCCACAUUCAGGUAGACCAUCAGAGAUGAAUAAUCUUAGUCCUAGACCUUUAUUAAUAAUACAGAAGGCAUUCUCGGAUGGGAAAGAAGAUAGAGGUGAUGCAACUAGUAUGCAAAGUCAAAUGGUCCCGUCCAAAAACUGUUGUGAUGGUAAUAGCAUGUGCCAUGAGAGGAAGACCAUGAAGAACGAGGGAGAAAAUGAUCAGCCUUUAGACCCUAUUUCUUACUUGUCUGGUGGCUUGCCAAGAUGGGGGCAGGUUCCUUUCCCUUUAUUGUUUAGAGAAUAUGGUGCAGAGCCGAUGAUGAUCAAUGUUCCUGAGAGAAAAAAUCCUUUAUAUAGUGUUGCUCAUGUUUGCUUGCAAGAGGUCACCCAGGAGUCAACGUUUUUAGCUUCUGCUGCCAUAAAUGCACCAAAAGACUUAACAGACUCUGGUAAGAUACAUCGUGAAGAAGCUCAGAAGCUGAGAGCUGAGGCCGAGAGUCUUGAAGAGCUAUGUCAAAAGAGAAGGGAGACAAUUAAAGAAUGUCAACAAAGAGUUGAGGAAGCUUGGUCACUUGCGAAGGAGGAAGCUGCCAAGUGUAAGGCUGCAAAGGAGGUUAUAAAAGCUCUGACAUCUAGGCUUCAUACAAUGUCUGAGAAACUUUCAGCUGGUAGAGAAACUAAAGAUCAAGUUAGUGUCACUCUGCCUCAAAUCACAUCUAUUUGUACAAAUAGCCCCACCAUGAAGGGUGCCCACCCGAUGUUUGUGGCUACACAUGAACCUCCUGAUGUUGGAAAACUGGAAGACACAAACGUUAAUCCUCAAUGUAGUUCUCCUAUCUUGUUCUCGAAUACAUUACUAUCAAUGCGUAAUAGAGACAUAAAUACCGGUGAUGCUAGAUCAGCUGAGGAAUCAUGUGCUAGAAGAACCGAUUCUGUACAAGAUGAAAACAAAGCCAUGAAACUUGAAUGGGUAGAACAGUAUCAACCUGGUGUGUACAUCACAUUCAUAACUUUGCCGAGUGGGCAGAAGGGACUCAAGCGGGUGAGAUUCAGGUAUGUUAUUUUGCAGUCGGAGAAGAUUCUCUGAGA